CUCCUCCUUUCAUCAGCAGCAGUGUGCUAUUACGUCAAAGUUGAGUUUGGAGAGCGAUGGCUUCUUCUUACACCGGCAGCCCCACCCAAAAAUACUCCCCAUCAGCACCACCCGCACCCGAUCGGGAUCAGCCCCGGGUUGCCUACCCUUAUCAACCACAUGCACCUCCUACCAACCCCUCCUUACCUUAUGCCCAAAUCCCCCCCACCCAGAGCACCAGCAGCAGCACCAGCACUGGGUACGGGUCGGGCUCGACUCCACCGCCUCAAGGGUACGAAUACUACCCGUAUCAUCAGCAGCCGCAGCAGCAGAAUGUCUACAGUUUGUUUCCUCCGGGCACACACCCGGAUGUGAUCCGGAGCUUCCAGAUGGUGGACAGGAACCAAAACGGGUAUAUUGAGGAGAGGGAGCUUCAAGAAGCACUGACUUGGAACUACCAGAAGUUCAGCCUCAGGACUUUGCGUUUGCUGAUUUUUCUCUUUAGGAGUUCCAAUGAAUCCUCUUGCAGAAUUGGACCGAAAGAAUUCGCAGGCGUGUGGAGUUGCCUUGGCCAGUGGCGGGCUAUCUUUGAAAGAUUUGAUAGAGACCGGAGUGGGAAAAUUGAUGUUGUGGAAUUGAGGGAUGCCCUAUAUAGUCUUGGAUAUGCAUUACCACCACCUGUUCUGCAAGUUCUGAUUUCCAAAUAUGAUGAUGGCAGUGGACGUAAGGGGGAGCUGAGUUUUGACAGUUUUGUCGAGUGUGGGAUGAUUGUAAAGGGCUUGACAGAGAAGUUCAAGGAGAAGGAUCCACGGUACACAGGGUCAGCGACACUAUCUUAUGACACAUUCAUGUCCAUGAUCAUUCCUUUCAUUGUUUCCGAUUAGCAUAUCAUGAUAUAGUUCCACCAGCCCGGAUUUGGUUUGUAUCGUUUGAAGAAAAAACAUUGCACGUGCAGAAGGAAAAAGAACAUGUUUCUUGUGUUGUCCUAAUGUUUGUUUCACGGUUUCUGGCCACUGCUUAUCAGCGUCCUGGGACCCAUGAUCCUCUAUCUGUAUAUUGACGAUGCGUUGAGAACCAACCACAAUCACUGUUGUGUACAGAUCCAUGGUUGUCUUUAUCUACUGUUCUCAUUCGUUGAUUAAAUUUUCGAACGAAUUGAUCUGUUGCAAAAA